AGCGAGCUAACAUUCUUAAAGAAGUUCAGAUCAUGCGCCAGCUGAAGCACCCAGGAAUUAUCGAGUUAUACGAAUUCUCAGAGUCGAGUGAGCAUUACUUUUUGGUCUUGGAGUUGGCUCCCGGUGGAGAGCUUUUUCAUCGUAUUGUCAAGCUUACAUAUUUUUCCGAGGAGCUGACCCGCCAUGUCAUAGUUCAAGUAGCCCAGGCCAUCCGUUAUCUUCACGAGGAAAAAGGUGUUAUUCAUCGAGACAUCAAGCCUGAGAAUAUCUUGUUUGAGCCCAUUCCUGUCAUUCCCUCUCCACCAGGGGCCAAGCCCGAAGAAGACGAUAAGGAAGAUGAGGGCGUGUUCCAGCCCGGUAUCGGAGGCGGCGGAAUCGGUCGUAUUAAGAUUGCGGAUUUUGGAUUAUCUAAAGUCGUAUGGAACGAGCAGACAAUGACGCCCUGCGGAACUGUGGGUUACACUGCACCUGAAAUUGUCAAAGAUGAGAGAUAUUCAAAAUCGGUUGAUAUGUGGGCUAUGGGGUGUGUCCUCUACACACUUUUAUGUGGCUUUCCACCAUUCUAUGAUGAAAGUAUUCAAGCCUUGACAGAAAAAGUUGCUCGUGGGCAAUACACAUUUUUGAGCCCUUGGUGGGAUGAGAUUUCUUCGUCUGUCAAGGAUUUAAUUACUCACUUGCUGUGUGUUGAUCCGAAUGAACGUUACACAAUUGACCAAUUCUUGGCGCAUCCUUGGAUCAAGGCUGGGGAGACAGCCAAGGCAAAAGCGGCUACCAACAACACUGUUCCUGACAUUGCUGUUGAGUCUCCUGAUAUUGUUCCAGAGAACAAACUGCUGAGCAAUGUCAAAGGCAUGACUACAGACUAUGGUGCUCCUAAGACGCCCUACAAGCGCAGGGCUGAGAACCCUCUUUCGCCUGGAAUCGGCCUCAAGGAAGUCUUUGAUGUCUCUAAUGCUGUUCACCGUAUGGAAGAAGAGUCACGUCGUCGCCACGCACCGCAAUUCUCAAAUCUUCAUCCUGUUGAUGCCCUCAACACAACGAGCCGUCAGCGUCAGGCAUUCAUGUCCCAGUUGAAUGAGGAGGAUGAAGAGGAGGAGCGGUCAUCAUAUUCUGAUACAACUGGCUCGAUCUCGAGCGAUGAUGAGGCAGUCAUUUCGAAAUUGAAUAACGCUCAGAUCGAUAUUAAUAAUGUUCAAGAAGAAUCGAAUGUCAAGGAAAGAGUGGAUGAACAAAAAGCUCAAGAACUGAAAUUGCUACUCCAACAACAACAGCAAGAAUAUCAGAAGGCACAAGGUGAAAUUGCAGCGGAACAUCACCAAAAGUAUUUGAAGCAACAGCAACAGGCAGGACACUCGAUACCAGCUCAACAGCAACCACACGCCGUACGUGGCAAUAACCAAGUUGGGCCAAGUGGAUCAAAACCGCAUCCUACUAUUAGUAACUCGACCUCAACUUCAACCGCAAGCUCGGCCUCGACGACAUCGACAACCCGUCGCCGUCGAGCUGGGUUUGAGUUAAAUAUCAACCAUGCUACAUUACUGAAUCGUCGGGCGAAGCAGCAGCAACAUCCUUCCAUGAUGCUGGAUCAGCAACAGCAACAGGAAUCUCCAGCCAUGGCCAUCUAGAGAACACAAUAUUACAAUGUUUUCUAUUACUAUUGCUUCUUUUUUUUUAUCCCAUCUCCUUUUCUUUUUUUUUUUUUUGCUCAGUG